AUGGACGAGCUGAGCGAAGCGGAGCUUCGCUACUACAAUGAUUUGUUCAAAAUCUGCAGCGAAACGGAUAGUGGCGGCAAGGUUCCGGCACUGAAGGCCACCUCCCUGUUCCGGUCGGCCAAUCUUUCCAACGAGACCAUAAAUAAGAUUACGUCCCUGGUAGGCAUCCCACAGACGGCGCUCUACCUUUCGCGGCAACAGUUUUACGGUUGUCUGAAGCUCAUUGCCGCCUAUCAGGCUUCCGUGCCGCUGCGGGAGGAAAUAUUGACCACCUCGCUUAACCUGCCACUGCCACAGUUUAGCUGGAUUGAUCCGGUGGCGGGGCCACCGUCGGCCAGCUCUACUUCUGACCCCGUGGUCAGCAACGCCACCGCGGGUGGAGCCACCAGCGCGGGCACAACGGAACGAAAUGGCUUUGUCGAAGGAAAACAUCACCGCCCCGGAGGGAGCAACAUCACUGCCGUGAAGCAUCUGCCUCUGGUUCCGUCGAGCGGUGGCAGCGGGUCGGGCCAGCAGCAGGACAGUAGUGCUUCGACCGGAGGAGAGCUAACGAAUUCCGACCAACCGAGCACCGACUCGGAGGUGGAGCACAAUGACGAUGGCAGCGGAAGUGGGAGCAUGAUCCGCGGCGAACGCGAACGGCACACGGUUGGCAUGCUGAAGGGAGGCGGCGUGGUCAUGGUCGGUGGAACUCACCCGGUAGUCGGAGGCGGUGGUGGUGGUGCUGGUGGUGCCGGUGGUUCACCGGAAGCGUGGAGCACAGCGAGCGACAGCCCCACACCGACCAACAGCGUGGCGGAGCGUCCGUGGGCUAAUCAAAACCUGUGGCAGGGUCUGGUGUGCGAAGAGCAACGGCAGCUGCUGGGUACGGAAGAGGAAUCGUCCGACCGGCACAGUAGCGACGACGAGGAACAGGAAAUCGAUCUCGAAUACUUCUACCAGAUUUCGCAAACUCAGAAAGACUACUAUCUGAAGCAGUUCCGCACAAUACAACCGGACGUUCAUGGGCUGGUCAGUGGACCGGUGGCUAGGGUGUUUUUCGAAAAAUCACGCAUCCCCAUCGACGAACUGCGACACAUCUGGCAGAUGUGUGAUGUGACCCGCGACGGUGCCCUCAAUUUGGCCGAGUUUACGGCCGCCAUGCAUCUGGUGGUGCUCCGGAGAAACAACAUACCGGUUCCCGCCACGUUACCGCCCUGUCUGUUGCCCACACUCCUGCAGCACUCGCUCCUACAACCGAGCACCGGUGGAUCAAAGGGCACGGGUACGGCAGAGGUAUCUGCAACCGGCGUGAGCGGUGGCAGUAACGGCACUGCCGCCGUCCCGGAACGAACCGAGCCGGCCGAAGCCGAUCUGCUGCAUCUGGAAAGUGAUGACAAUCUGGAGAGCGGCAGCAAACGGAAGCGGGUGGUCACGGUCAAGAGCUCCCGGCGGAUGGUUCCGGUUCCGGACUCAUUGGCGUUCGCCAAGAUCGGAGGCAGUGGUUCGGCGGGAGUGGUACCAGCGGUGCCACAGGACAGCCCCCCGGUCUCGGUGUCCUCAAGCGCUACCGGGUCCGGAUCGGUUGCCCUCGCCACCAAGGGAAGCGGCAGUAGCAGUGGGAGCAGUGGCAGUGGUAGUAGCGGCAGCGGUCCGGUUAACACAGGAGGUAGCUCGACGACGGGCGGUCGAAAAACGCCACCAAACAUGUCGCCACCGGUACUGGCGCAGCAGCCUCCGCCACCGCAGCCACUGCCGGCCGCUACGAAAGGAAAACCAUCGGAACAUCCCGUAACACCACCGAACGAGAAGAACCUAAAGAAAUGGGAGGAGUGGACCAAGUUUAUGGAAUCUCCCACAUCGAACGUUUCUAGUCCCGGGCCGAAGCCGGUCAACUUUGAUCUGCAACGUACGACGCAGGCGAUCGUAUCCGAUCCGCAAAUCUUGCAUCCCGUUCCCUUGCGCGUAACGCCCGUGGGUGCCGAAGCGGUCGACAAUAGUAGUCUAGUCUAUUCUGAUGCCAACCACGGUCUGUUGGCUGUCCAGUCGACUGAGGAGUCGAGUCCCAAGCAGAACGUUCAAUCGCAACAGCAACACCAUUCGACGCCGCAACAGCAACGGGACUCUCUGACCAACAGCAGUGAUCUGCGUGCCAUCCAAAGACCGCAAUCGAAGAAGCCUCCCUCGAAGGGCGUCGGAGCGAUUCCUCCUCCGCCGCAGCGCGAAUCCGGAAGCAACGCGCUGCUGGCCAACGACACCUCGAUGACCAUAUCAUUAGAUGGGGCCGGUUUUGCAGUUGCCAGUGCGCCGGCACCGCUAGCAAAGAAAUCGUCCGUCGACCAACAGCAGCCUCCGCCUCCGUUGCCGCCGCCACGUCCAUCCGCUCAUCGGCACACGCGCAGCAGCAGUCUCGAUUUGAACAAACUGAAGCUGGCCACGGGCGCCAGUGUGGCACCGCUGAAGAUGCCGCCACCACCGGAGAUUCCACCGCGGGUGGUAACUCCACCAACGGCCGAUCAGCCACCGGCCGGCACCACCAACCACGCGUUUGCUGAUUUCACACACUUUCCGACCGGCCAUCGGGGAGCAACUGCGAUGGUUGAAGCGAACAACAUAACAACCAUCCACUUGGAUGCCGCCGGCAAUAUGACGCACCAUUCCACACCCCAUCGCGGAUCGGGCACGCUCCCAAAGUCGCUUGUAAUGCAUACUGCCCCACGGCAGAGCGCGUUCGAGGUGUACCGAAAACCGCUGACCGCGGACGGUGCUCGCACGGUCAGGGGCUCUCAAUCGCCUCCCCAGCAACCGCCGCUAGUCACGUCGCGCAGCGUGGAAUCUUCGGCAGUGGUCAACAGUGGUGACUAUGACAAGCGAAUUUCGGCACUCAGUGAUAGUUUGCGCCAGGUGCGCUUCAAAAGUAACGACCCUCCGCCAGUUAUGGCGGACGCACUGAAGCAGCUGAAGGAACAGAACCUGCUGCUGUUGCGGGUAUGCAACGAUCUGAGCGAGGAGCUGCUGCACAUUCAGCAGAAACGCGAGGACAUUCGCAUCAAAAUUGAGCUGCAGGAACAGAUACUGGGCGGUGGCAAUGCACUGGUGGCGGCUGCCACAACCGGUCCCUCGUCGCUACCGGCUUCGGUGACGGCAACACAUCACCUUUCACACCAUCACGCAAAUCUAUGAACGACGUUCGCAAAUUAGACGCACCGCAAGCCGAACCUCGGUGAACCCGUCGAUCACUCGUUUACGACAUUUACGGUCCUCGUUUUGUAUACUCAAAGUGGCAAAAGCCGUCUCCGGUAGACGAUAGCAGUAAGUAUUCCCUUUACAGUCUCGAAAAACCAAGACUAACUCAGUGUCCGAAGAUAUAGUAUAUGAACAACGCUUGUCACUAUCCCCGUUCCGUUAGAUAGGUGAAGUGUGUUU